AGAUGCUGGAUCGCUGUUAUCACAAACUGCUGCUGUUUGGAUGCCUGGCUUGUCUUCUGGUGACUGUUGUAAGUGCAGACGGUCGAGUGUUUGUGCUGGACCUGAGGAACUCCUCUGACCUGCAGGGCUUCAGAGAUGCUGAGCAAGCUUGUGCCUUGCACCGCGGCCGCCUGGCAUCAGUAGAGGAGCUUCGUCACGCUGUGGUGGAGUGCUACUUCUCCCCGUGCACCCGCGGGUGGCUCUACGGGGGCUCAGUAGGGACCACAGUGUGUAAUGUUGUGGGCGGUGUGCUGAAAGCUGUAGAAGUGAGGACAGAAAAUGGCACAGAGGACGCAGCGCACCUGGACGCCUUCUGCAUCAAAGACAAAGAUGAGCCAUGUGGAGACCCCCCAUCCUUUCCUAAUGCACGCCUGCAGAGUCACUCUGGGUCCGAGAUGGGAGAUGAGCUUCUGUACACAUGUGUCCCGGGUUACGUGAUGCCCGGUGGACACACAGCCUUCAGCCUGCUGUGUGACAGCUGUGGGGAGUGGUAUGGACUGGUGCAGAUUUGUGUUAAAGAUGAGGUGAGUCACACAGACUACGAGGACAAGUUCACAGAUUCCUAUAUAGAGGCAGAGCGCCAACCUGAGACACCAUUAGAGGCUCAUGGCGAUGUACACAAGGAAGUGUAUGGAGCUGCGUACCCACAUGGAGAGAUGAGCGUGGAGCAGCAAGAGACGAGUUUUAGAGCCAAAGCUGAGGAGGACCAUCGAGACCUGAGCAGAAAGCGUAAAGUGGGAGGAGAAGUGGCUGAAGGUAGUGAAAUAUUUGAAGGAGCUUUAGUUAAACGAGAAAAAAAUGAGGACCGGGCUGGUGAGGACUUGGUAGGUCCUCGGACGUGGCAGCAGGAGAGAACUGAGGUGGCCAAGAUUGAUACAGUGGAAGCCACAGAAGCACCCGUCUCUCUUCUCUCCCAGAAACACAUGUUUUGGUUCCCCUCUGAGACCUUCCAGGAGGAAGGACCUCAGGUCUUCACCAAUCCAGCCACGCAGACAACACAGAGAACCUCUGUUGACCGAUCUGAGGAGAGCAUUGAGCACACGAGUCAAGAAAGGCCCUAUCGUCAACAUCCCGUUGAUGCUGAUGAUCCUGAUCAUGAAGGAGAUGAUUUUGAUGAUCCUGACACCAGCCGCCAUGAUGACCAGGACGACAUCCUUGAAGAUGACCACCAUGAUGAUCAAGACGGCAGUCACCAAGAGGAAGACCACGAUGAGCACAAGAGGCAACCAGCUCAAGAUGAAGAUUUGGACAAAAGGGAAAGCCAUGAAAGCUAUGACGAUCACGAGGAGCAUUAUGACAUGGGCGAACAUGAGGAGGACCGUGAUCGCAAGGAGUACGACGAUCCAGAUGAUACGUACGACGGACACAAAAGCCAGGAGGAUCAUGAUGAUCAUAAUGGAGAACAUCAUGAGGUCUCUGAGGAACAUCUAGACCAGGAUGACCAUGAUGACCAUGAUGACCAUGAUGACCACAAUGACCGUGCCAUACAUUAUGACGACACCCAUUAUGCUGACCUUGAUGAUCACGAUGAUUUUGGACACAAAGACGCUGAGAGCUAUGACGAUCACGAUAGCCAUGAAGAUGAUAGUCGUCGGCAUGUUGUUUUUUCUGUGGUAGCCGAUAAGCAUCAGAACGUCACUCAGAGGGGAGCAGAAGGAAAGUCAGCCACAGAUGACACGUGGCUGGACGGUUACCCUGUUGUUUUCGAAAACGGUGACUCCGUAACAGAGAAGGUGAAACCAGAGGAUAAAGACAGAAGGAGAUUUUUCAAGACGACACCCAGACCCACUGAGGUGGAAAUUCAUAGACCUUACACCAGCUCACCCAAGGAGCAUGAAUCUCUCACCACGGUGCGUGAAUUCGAACUAGGGGUUUUAGAGGAGGUGUGGCCUGACUCCAUCGGGACCCCUGCCCCUGACCUUCUGGAGCCUUCAGACUCUCCUUCAUACUCUGAGACCGGUGGCUACAGCACACAACAAGCAGUUCCCACCGACUCUUGGAUGGCUGACCUUACCGAUCAUCCCUUCCUUGAUCAUGGCCCAAGCCCUCCAGUGCAGAAGGACGGCUUCGUGCUCAGCCUGCCUGGUGAGACUGGGGAGAGGGGAGAGCAGGAAGGGGAGAUGGGAGAGACGAUCUGUGUGGAUGACGCCUGCCCUCCCCUCCCUCCGAGCUCUUCCGGCCGAGGCCCCACUGUGGCGGCCAUUGUUGUGGCGAUUUGUGUCAUCGCAACUGCAGUCAUUGUCGCGGUGUGGUGUUACCGACGACAGCAGCAGAAGAGUUCGGCGUAUGAGAUGAAUGGGAAGGGCCAAAGUCAGGCCAGACAGGGCCAACAGAUAGAGAUGCAGCAAAAGGUGUAGGGGCGAGAGGUUGGCACAGACACUCUUCCUUUGGGAAGGAUGGGAAGAUUCAGUUGAAAACUGUUGAUCUUAGGUAUAAACUUUAAAAAAGCUAGCACAAAAUAUUGUAAUGAUGCUUAACAUAGUGAAACUUGAAUGAAACAAGAUGGCAAUAGUCCUGUCACUUAUUAGUUCUGAGGAAAUCCACCAGUCCUUGUAUGUUAACCAUGAUUUUUAAAGCUCUGGCAUCUACCUGGACAUAAACCAGGCUGGAUUCAACUCCAGAAGCUGAGAAGCGAGACUUUAAAGAUAUUAACAUGUAGGAAA